CUCUUUUUCUGGCCACCCGCCUAAGCGUUUGUGGUCUGCGUCCUUUUACCAAAGAACGAUUUUCGACACCAACUCGGAUCUCACGCGUCCUGUCCCAGGGUAUCCCGGACAGGUCUCGUCAUUAUGGAAGGCGAAGCCGGUCGCAACGUCGCACGCCGCGCCGGCGAAGGUGGGUCCCGUGCGAAGCGUUCUCCCGGCUCCAAGGAUCUGGCCCCGAAGACGCCCGCACUUCGAACAGCUGACGGAAAGCAGGCAAGGCAAAGGGACACCCACGACACGCGCGCCGUGAGCCCAGCUCCAAAGGAUAUUAGCGCCGUCGCCACUGUCCCUGGAGAACACCCGGAAGCCACUCCUGCUACACCCAGCCUACAAGGUGGUGCUACAGCCAGCGACGUGUGCGCGCAUCCAGCAGCGUCGCCGCAGCAUUCAAGGCAGAGCAAGAAAAGUAGCGGGCCUUCGAAGUCAAAGUCUCCUACGACGACAUCAUCUACGACGUCCAACAAACAGCCGAAACCAGCCAAAGCGCCGAAGCGUACAGCACUGCCGUCUUCGUCCGGGACACCCGUAAGACAGCCAGAAGCUCAAGACGCCGCCGGAGUGCCGCCUAACACUACGCAAAAGGCGGCCAAGCCUGAGACUAAGCACGGGCAGUCCGGGCGCAAGCCAAAAUCUAAGAGCACCACCCCCAAAGCAUGUGUAAUCGAAGCACCUGCUACUGUUGGCGAAGUGGAAAAGCGCGGUUCGCGCGCUUCGCAGAGCAAAGGCAGCAGUUCAUCGGUAUCGCCAGUCCCCGCAAACCCAACAUCAACGCACGAUGGAGGUCAGGCAGAAAACUCGCCAACAAGCGCGACGGGCAUCACGACAGUGUCAUCGACAAAGAUAUCGUACAGGUCAACUUCCGAAGGAACCUUAGGCGUUGCACCCAAAUCACGAGAUUCCCAGGUUCACGUCGGAACAAGCGGUGACCAUAAUCGACCAGGUGUAACUUCGCUGACGACAGGCAAUGAGGACGCGCCGGUAGCAGCUGCUCCUGCCUGUCCAGAUGACCGAGACCCGAAUAUCAAGAAGGCAACCAUGGCUGAAAAAUCUGCAGCACCCGUCGCCAAUGCCACGGACGAGAGAAAGGGUGUUCGCAAAGUUGUACAGCGAAGGGCAACGAAGAGGGAGAAUACGGAUGAGUGCGAACUUUCGACCCCUGGGGCCAGCUUCGUCACACAUCGGCAAGAAUCUGGCCGGGUCAGCCACGUCCGUUCCACGUAUGUCUGGUCCUUCUGCCCCUUGGACAUCUCGUUCAAGAGUGACGUGAACAGCCGAGACCAGCGAAUCCUGUACGCCUCCGCGGUCCUCGCGAGCGCCGCCAUGCUCGCCGUGACGGCGGUAGUGCUGGCGCUCAUCUUCUACGCCCGGCGCGCCCGGUCGCCGCUGGCGUGCGUGACGUCAGAGUGCGUAGCGGCGCGCGAUUACCUGAACCGCCUGGUGAACACGAGCAGGGACGCGUGCAGCGACUUUUACGGCUACGUCUGCGACUCGUGGCUGGAGCGACGAGAGGACGGCGGCAGCUUCCACCAGGACAACGUCGCCGCGUGGCUGGCCAAGGUCAACGAGUCUCUGCUGCGCGACGUCGGCUCGGAAGGAGACGACGCUGCGGAACAAGGGGGAAUCCGAAUUAUGCGUCACGUCUACGGAAAUUGCCACCAUUACCUGUCGAACAACUCGACAACACUGUCAUUCGAUGCCAUGCUGGAGUCGGCGCGGAAGCAGCUGAAAUGGAACGAGGUUCGCCACGCCCAAAGCUACAAGGAACUCGUCUCGCAUCUCGCCCGAGUGGCGAUUCUCUCGGGGUUCCAAACGAUAAUAACCCUAGAGACGCUCCGCAACCACAACCGCCUGGCGUUCAGGAUCUCUCGCGGCCGCUCUCUCCUGCGCAAGCUCACCGCGACGGGCAACCGGAAGGACUUGGAGGAGGCCCUGCGACAAGUGCUCAAGGACGACCUCCCCAAGAUUGUCGAAAUCGACCUCGUUGUCGACGCCGACCUUGCUGGUGGCCGUUCAGCGGAGGCACAAGACGAGCUGGACAUUGUCAGAUCUCUAAGUGAAAUUCUCGAUGGCAUCUUUCCGGAGGUAAUGGUUGCGGACUGGGUCCAAGUACUCAACGAUGCGUUGCGUUCCGUCAACAGAAGUGUCCAUUCCGAUGACACCGCUUUCGCCACCGGCCCACAAUCUUUCAGGAACGCGCUCCGUAGCUUAGCCGAGGCGAACGGUGUCGCGAGGAUGGCCCGGUACAUGGCAUCGCACCUGGACGCUGAGGUCCUGCAUUUAGAGUUGUCCAGGGGGUGGAUGUCAUCGGACCCCACGAGGACGGCUCGCUUCUGCCUCGCGCUGGUCCAGGGGUGUCUCACGGGCUCGUGGCCUCAGCUCAUCGCGAAACUUCUGGACGCCAGUGAGAGUGUGAAUGCCCUGAAGGCCAUAAACAACGAGCUCAGGCAGGCAUCACACGAUUCUGGCGCCCUGUUCACGUGGCUUUCACCGGCGAUGCGAAAGGCAGCAGGGGAGAAAACUGACAUGUUGACUCUUGUGGUGGUGUCCGAAAAUAUGAGGGCCAACAGCCUCGCAGUCGACGCCAACGAUGAAGACUACGCACUUCUUAUGGCCUACAUCAAAGCCCAUGGCGUCGAGUUCGUCGAGCUGUACCUCAAAGUCAUGGCGUACGGUCACCAGAGGCGGGCACGGUCGCCUCCCACGCUGGCGCAAGCGCACGCCGCGCGCUUGGAACGUCGCCACGAGCUGGCAUACUUGCCGACGCUGCAGUCCGUCGUGGUGCCCACGGUGUACCAGAUGGCGCCGUACCUGUACGCGACGGGCGUGCCGUCGCACUACAAUUACGCCUCGGUGGGGGCGCUGCUGUCGGCCCGCAUCGCCGAGGUCGUCGUGCCGCGUGCUCUGGCUUCGAGACGCGGGGGCAUCACAUUACAUCUUGCUGAACCCGGGCCGCGACACCAGAAGGAGGCGAGCAAGUACAACGCGAGCGUCGUCUGCCUGCAGCGGCUGCACAGCCGACUCGGACUGCAGGACCACGCCGUCCGCAGCGGGGAGUUGCGACGUCACGCCAUGUACCUCCAGGCAGUCAGUUUGCGGCUCGCCUACGAGGGCCUGCUCAAGAGCUUCGGUCCGGACGCCCUGACCGAGGAGUUCCGCCUGAUGUGGCCCGAGGCGCAGAAGACGUUCUUCGUCCGCUUCUGCCUCCUGUCUUGCGACGUCGACCAGGAGCCCGAUCCGCUGUCGCCUCAGGCCAGUUGCCUUUUGCCGGUGCACAACAUGCCGGAGUUCGCCGCGGCGUUCGGCUGCGCGUCGCGAGAGGAUUUUGUGUUCGACGAUUGUCCGCUUUAACUGUGGUGCGUGCGCACGGAUAAUACAGGAGGCAAAAAUAAGAACGUGCGCUUUUAGAAGAGCCGUGACAGCACACCGCGAGCAAGGGAAAAGAGGCAGUUGGUAAGUGCUACAGCCUCUUUCCUGAACGAGAGCCGACGGAGCUACUCAUGAACGGUUUGUGUGGCAAGAUAUUCGUGCAUUCGGAGUAUAUUCGAAAACAUUAUUUUCCGAGACAUUCGUGUUCGCAUGAACUGAAAUGAUGUGUAGAACCCUUAUUGCGCAAGUUGUCUUUGCCUGGAGUGUGCAGGUACUUGCAUGGAAAGGAACAGCGAUGGUGCAGCUGUUUCCCAUUUCUCAUUCAUUUAUUUUUCUGCGUGAUGGCUGCAUACUUUGGAAAUGCGUGUAAGAUAUGAGCGUUAUACCUAAGAGCGUACGAGAUUGUUGCUCUUCGCUUGAUUGAUAGGCUUGCUAUUCUUGUAAAACCACUGCUGUCUUUAGUAACAUUUUCGGAAAGUGCAAUAAUGAUUAGUCAUUUUCUCUUUCAUCCUAUUUAAAAGUUCACCUACUAAUG